GUCGUCGCACUGUCGCAGUCCCAUACUUAAACUGUCAAAAAAAUCAAAUCGGCAGAUUGGUUUCUAGUUUUACUUUUGUAGCCAUGAGCAUUUUGUCAUUUCACAAUUUGCAUUCGGUGAAUUAUUUCGUUUGUGUGCUCCAACGGAGUGCGAUAUCUUUGGCGCAUGACCUGUGUUUCGGGGGGGGGAAAAGAAAGGAAAGUUUUGUGUCCCAUCUCAGGUUUGAGUGUUGUGAACUUUGAUUGAAAAGAUUUUGGACUUCCGCAUCAACUUCCUGCUUUUCCAUGGAGAGGUAACCGGCAGUCACCUGGAGCAGUGGCAGACCACAUCGCUCAUUUUGGAGUCAUCUUGUCCCCGUCGAGGUUAGGGAAUUGGGCUGUAUGGCAUUCUCAGAACACCAGCCGAGUCACCUGCUCAGCCUCACCCAGUUUGUACGAAGGCAGCAAGGGCAGCUUCCAGCACAGCCAAGAAAAACACAAGAGGAAAGCUGAGCAAAAACUUGAGCAAGCUGACAUGAAGGACAAAGUUAAGAGAGGAGGAAGAAAUCAGCCAAAGACUGAUGUGGCUGCUCUGACCAGUCAAAAUGGGUCUGCUGAUAUGAAACAGGAAGAGGACUCAUUUACUGUGAAGAUUCAAGGAGCAGGUGUGGAGCCGUUUGAGCUGCAGGUCCAUAGUUUUUUGCUUGUUCAAGAUGCAACUAUGGCCCUACUGACAAGAGAGGAGGUGUGUCCACGUUCCAGCCUGUCAUUGGCCUUCGCUGGUGUGACUCUGGACCCCCUUGCUGAACUUCAAAGUGUGAAGGGGCUCAAGCCAGGAUCCAUUCUGCGGUUGGUCGAAGAGACAUACUCUCCCCGUUCAGCCAGAGUCCAUCUGGGUCGUGUGCUGGAGCUGCUGAGAGCAUCUGGACCUCAGGAUGCCCUAAGAGAAGGACGUUCACCCAGCAUACUGGAGACACUCACACACACACCAGACUCUGGGUUAACAAGUGGAAAGAGCCUGAAGCGCUCUUCAAGCAACACAAAAACAGAGCCAAGCAGCCAAGAUGGUGUUCCUCCUGAGUACCUUCUCCCUGGAUCACUAGAAAGACCCUUAAUGGCCCUGCUACCACAUAGCUCCCAGCAAGAGGCUCCCAUUUAUCUAAGGGACCUGUCACUCAGUUGUUGGAAUCCGCCCCCUGGUCCCAGGAAGUUGCAGGGAGACUUCCUGUACCUCACUGUGGUGACACUGGAGGGGCGCCGGUAUGACAUCACAUCAUGUCCAAGAGGGUUCUGUGUCAAUAGAUCCACAGGAGAAUUGUUUGAUCCUCGUCCUGCCCAGUCUUCCCCUGUCUGUCACUGUCUCACAGACCUGCUUUGCCACAUCAGCCCCGCAUUCAAACAAGCCCUCACCACUCUCACAAAAAGAUCUCAGUUACCUCCUGCAGAGAUUAUGCCCACACCUUACCGCACCCUGAGUUGGCUGGGACCCUCCUGUGCCUCCCGCACACAUAAAAACUCCUUCAGCAGACUGGGUCUGGACGAACAGGCACAGGCUCCAGACUGGAAUGAAGAGUUGCAAGCAGCCAGAGAUCUUCCCCAGGGAAGUCUAGAGGAGAGACUACAGAGAGACAGAGCUCUGCUCCAGGUAAACAGUGCAUUUGUGUGGGCUGUGACUCUGGGGGCAGAGGCAGUGAUGGAUGGCUGUGUGGAGCCAGUCAAUAGAAACCCCGAUGACCCUGCUUUCCUGUUGGGUGGCCUCUUCAUGACUCGGGGGGCAGCAAGUACAGUGCUCAGUGGAGAAAGAGGCCGUAGGGCAUGUCAGAGAUUGGAAUUGAAAGGGGUACAAGCCUACAGUGAUCUAGAUGGGAUGCACCAGGGGCUACACACUCUACCCACAGCUAUUGUAGACUACAGAGGGGUGCGUCUGUCUGCCCAGGGUCUGGCCCCUGGCUUGGAAGCAUCAGAGCAGGACCAGGAUUCUUCUGCUGUCCCAAGGGGGUUGCUAUAUGGGGUCAAUGCAAGACCCCAGGAGUCCCCCCAUCGCAGACGGCUUUUAGAGCUCUUGGCCCAGUCUGCCAAAGCUCUCUCCCUCCAGAGGCAUGUGGCCAUGGCACCCAACGGUCACCAGGUACCUCUGUUCACCUCAGUGGAUGCCCAGGGACUGGUGGGGGCUGAUGGUAGGCUCUACCUACUUGACGUGUUCAGGACCUUUCCAGCUGAUGCCAACUUUUGGCCAGAGGAAAAAAAAGAGAUCAAUCAAGAGGAGGAGGAGAUGUCAAGUUGUGAGAAAGAACAAGGUUGGCCAGAGAAUUACUGCUCAGACAUGGGGCUGCCAAGGAGUUAUUCUCAUGGCCUUUGUAGACUGAGGCCAGAGCUGCUGCAAGCCUUUGUCCAGCACAAACACUCCCAUUUCUCGCAGCGAGUCAGGGAGUUGAUGGAAGAGAAUGGUGGCUUUGGAGAAUGUGCAACAGCAGGUGACUCUCGAGGCACUAAUGCAAUGCGAGCUGCAUGUAAAGAAGUGGGCUCAGUUAGCAACAUCAUCUUUGAGAUGCGCUUCAACCCAAACAUCUUCUCUCCAGGAGUCUCAUUUCCUGGUUGUGAGAGUGAGUCUACCAAGCUGCAGGAGAGGCUGUUGAGAGAAGCAGCAGCUUUUAUCAUCACGCACCAGAUACCGGCAUUUGUGGAGUAUUGCCUGCAGUGUAAUGAAGCUCCCAUGGACGGUGCUUCACUAAAACAAGCACUACACCAAAGAGGCAUUAACCUUCGCUAUCUUGGCCAUGUGAUCAAGGCAAUCAGCCAGUCAGAAAGCAGGGAGUGCCUGAGGCAUAUAAGGAGAUUGGUCAUAGGUGAAAUUGUGGUGCGUACAACAAGGAGAAUAUUCAACAGUUUUGUGCAGGGUGUUGAGGUGUCCAGUCUCUCUGCUGCUGUGAGCCACUUCCUCUGUUGCCUCUUGGUUCCCUACUUCAGCCCAAAUGCCGUGGGGGAGGAAACUAAGAAAAAAUCAAGGAGACGAGGCCGAGGGGCCAGCGCCUCUGAAAGCAUGCCCUGUAGCACCCUCACUGGGGCAGAGCUGUGGAGUUUGAUCCACCAGGAUGCAGUGGAGACCUAUGGCAUUGCUGACAGUUUGGGCUCUGGUCCAAACCACCUGGUUGAGCAGUAUGGGCUGCAGAAACUAUCUCUACUUAGAGAGUUCUGUCUGAAGACCGGCGUACAGUUGAGACUGAGAGACUACUUCCUUGACAACCAAAGUAAAGCUCCCAUUGGUCCUGAUGAUGUGCUCAACAUCUUCCCUGUCAUCAAACACAUAAGCAUGCCCACUGUCGAUGCUACAAAAUCAUUCCGGGCUGCACAGAACUUCAUUCAGAAAGGUUUGAUGGACAAGGCCCAUGAUUCCCUCAAAGAGGCAGCCUAUCUGUUUGGUAGGGUGUGUGAUGACCUCCACCCAGAGGCCUGUCAUUGCCUCAGCUUGUUGGCCAAGGUGGCCUUCCUGCAGGGACAGGUAGCAGAGGCUCGCAGUGUUCAACUGAAAGCAGUGGUCAUCAGCGAGAGAGUGCUUGGCUUUGACCAUCCCAACACCAUCCAGCAAUAUGCCCUGCUCGCUGUGUAUGUGCAUGCCGGAGGGGAGACUGCCCUGGCCCAGAAGUGUCUACUCAGAGCUCGUCAGCUAAUUCUGACAGUCCAUGGAGAGGACCAUCCGUACACCGCCGCGCUAGAUAGCUGUCUUGGGUUGGUGCUGACAGGAGAACAGGCAGGAGCGUUCCUACAGAGUGCACUUAGGCUCACCACUUCCUUCUUUGGUGCCAAACAUCUCCACACAGGCCUUAGUCAGCACCUGUUGUCCCAGUGGAUGUGUAGUAGGGGGGAGUACCGAUCUGCUAUGAACCAUGAGAAAGAGGCCCUCACUGCUUUCACCAGCACGUUUGGUGAAGAUCAUCCCCAGACCCGAGCCAGCUCAGAGUUCCUGUGUACCAUUACACAGCAGGCAGUACGGGUGGAACGCUCUCUCAGGCAGGCGGGAGCAGAUCAGACAGAUCAAACAGUAGAGUGUCUCACUCCUGCAGCUGACACCAUUCUAGAGCAGCUGGUUCUGAUCACAGGGAUCAGGAAGCUCGCACAAAGUGACAGGCUCCAGGAUUUUAAACAAAAACUACUGGAACGAAAGGCAGCAGAAGCUACAGAGGAGUCAAACAGAGUGACCGAUAAGGCUGUAACCUCAGACGCUGAGAAGGGAGGAGAGGAAAGUGGCGAUAAACAAACAGAUUGUGUAAAUAACAUUGAAGAUGGAGAAAGUCCAGUUGAGGAUAAUGUAAGCAAAAGCCCCGAUGAGGCUUUACUGGCAAGCUCAGUGAUGGUACCAGUAAAUGGUCAUGCAGUAGAGCCAGCAGAGCAAACCUCACAUGAAGAGCAGACAACCAUAGAAAAGGGAGACGGAAAGGAUAGUGAUAAGUCAACCUCAGAGGUUGAACCAACAGAGAUAGUGAAUGGAGAGGUAGAAGUAGGGUCUACAGGAGAGGAAACUGAGCCCCCCAGAGUAAAUGAAGAGUCAAGAGUGACCAAUAAUGGAGGGCUGAAAUCCGAGGUAACAGUCAACAUGGUGGCGAAAUUAGCCUCAGGUGAGGUCGGUGACAGUAAAAACGGAAGCCUGUACAUUACUACUGACCCGUCAGAGCUUACAAAUAAAGAAGUCAUAGCAGAUGUUACCAUUUCAAAAGUCAUUAUAGCCAGUGGAACAGGAGAUGGAAACAGGACAGGUAAUGGGGUAGCAGAGGGGAGUGUCACAACCAACGGAGGAUUUUAAGAAUGAGCCUGUAUCAAAGUAUUGUGUAGAAGUCUCUCAAAGACCCUCCUUCAAAAACUAAACAUGGGGAGGCAGCUUUCAGUUUUUAUGCACCACAUAUCUGGAACAAACCCCCGGAAAACUGCAGAUCUGCUGCAACUCUUUUCUUUUAAAUCAAGGUGAAAACUUUCCUGUUUGCGGCUGCCUUUUAUUAAAUAAAACUUGGAAGCUUUUGAUUUUCAUCUUACACCGCACUGUAGCUUUUACUUUUUGUUUUUAAAUGUCUUUCUAGUGCCUUAUGUUGCUUUUCUUAAUACUUUUUAUGUUUUAUGUAAAGCACUUUGAAUUGCCUUGAUGCUGAAAUGUGCUAUACAAAUACAUUUGCCUUGCCUUCAGACUUUAACCUGUCUUUCUAACUGAAGCUGAGCUAAGAGUAGAAGAGAUGUCAUUCGGUCCACUGAGUUUGGAGCAGAGAAUAAGAUGAUGGGUCUUUUCCUCAGUGAUUUGCUGUUUGAGAGUAUUAAUGAUCCUGGGAGAGGGUUGCACUGUCAAGGACUACUUUUUUUGGACUACUUUUUUCAACAAUAAACUUUUUCAUG